UCGACAAGGAGGAGCUUGUCCGCACCCACACGAUUGAGACGGGCGAGCUGCGCAAGAAGGUCUCUGUCCUGACGGAGCGCCUCGAGGCCGCCACGGGCAACGGCAUGGCUGUCGCCCCCAGCACCACCUUUACCGACUUUGCCUCGGAAAUGGACAACCUCAACAUGGGCAACAGCGACUGGGACAACUACAUCUUUGUCAACGACUUUGCCUCGGACGACCAGCCCACGCCCCAGCAGAACCAGGACAUGUCGCUCGUCUCGCGCUCCAAGGAAGAGGACAAGCCCGUUGCCUCUGGUCUCUUGCUCAUGCUUCUGCUCUGCGGCGCCUUUGUCGCAAGCAAGUCGGGCAACGCUGCUGCGCCUCCCAUUCCACGCAUGCCCGACGACGUGCGCGCUGCCUCGGCCACAGUCCUCGACAGCAUCUUCAAGGACGCCGGUGUGGCCAACGGCCUGAGCGAGCAAGGCCUCAUUGCCAGCCAGGUGACUGGUCUCGAGCCAACGCCAUCCGGCAUGGCUUGGCCCAAGACGACCAUGUCUGGCUCUGAGCUUGCCGGCAUCUCGGGCUCCAGCCUCGACCAACUGCACUCUCAGCUGACCGGACCCACCAAGGACCAAGAGCACGAGCAGCUCUUCUCCAUCACGCCCGACCAAUACAACAGCAUGACAUCGCUUGACUUUACCCGUUCGCGAUACAGCGUCACGAGCGAGGACCUCAGCGACCCACUGUCGCCUAGCUCUCAGCCUUCGCACCGCCGCAACCUUGCCGAGACGCUCGCCGCCAUGCGCGAGCAAAACAAGGGCGACUCUGCUGCCGAGAUCUACACGCGCAGUCUGCUUUGGGACAAGAUCGCUCCCGAGGUUGUGCAUGAGUUUAAGCGCAUCGUUGAGGAGUCUGCCGCCAUGUCGCGGCCCACGACAUCCGAGGGCACAAAGGUCGAGAACCUGGGUUAG